UACAUACAUACAUCACGUUGACUUCCUGUGUCGUACGAGAUAACCUAUUUGUCACGCCGGACGAUCGUACAGAGUUACAAGAAUAAUAUACUGCUAUCAUCACAUUAAUAUUUUGGCUAUAAAAACGGACUUUAAAAUCGAGGGAAAUUUCAUUCAUUAAGAUGACGAAGCUGAUGGAAUGGGCUUUUGUUGCUACGGUAUUCUUUAGUAUAUGGACUGCCACCAUCACUGGAAGCAUUCAAUCGCCUCUUAUAGAGAAAUGGCGAACUACAAUAUUGUAUCUACCUGUAAUACUGAUAAUCCUCUUUGGUUUCUAUGCUGCUAGUGUUGUUCUUUAUCGUGUGUUUACAUUCAAUAAUUGCGAAGAAGCUGCAGCAGAACUUCAAGAGGAAAUCAAAGAAGCCAAGAAGGAUCUCAGGAGCAAGGGACUUCUGCUUCGGGAAGAUUGAAGUAUGUAAAAACUCGAACUGGUAUAUUGCAACUAAAUAUCUACUUGCAUUUGUAUUAAUUGUAUCUAAUUUAAUUCUUACCAUGUAAAAUAGUGUAUUGCUGUAUGUAUAUUUGAAAUUUUUUAUAAUAAACUCAUCAUCGCUAAUAUAAGAA